CCGCGACCCCUCGAGUGAGCGCUGAUGUGACCAAUGGCUGACGGAAUCCUUGCUUCCUCACAUGGCCCGUGGGCGAAUCGGAAUGUUCGGUGAACAGAACUACAGUGGGCCUGGCUCUCAGGUUUGGUUGAAAUGAUUUCUCUACGGUUUGGACUGAGACCGUUGCUACUGUGAUAAAGGGACAUCUGGAUGGAUACAGGGCUACCCUGCCACACCUUUCUUCGUCAAGCAAAAGUGUUUUACUUCUCAGCUGGAUACAAUUAUAAGAACAAACGGACCGUACUUUGGAAUACUUUUACCAACAUUUUUAUUUGAAGCCAACUUGAAUGGCAUGGGUUUUGAGGAAACUUUACUCUGGUAUUUUUGAAAGUGUUCACAAGAGUGGUGGAGUUUACUUUUGAGGAGUCUUCUGAAGUCUGUACAGGAACUAAAUCUCAAAAUGGAUCAAGCAAGUGGUGGAGAGGAUCCUAAUAAACCUAAUAAAAAGAAAGAAAAAGAGGAUGAAAGUAAAAACAAAAAACUGAACAUACACAUAAAAACAUUGGCUGACGACAUGCGUGACCGGAUCACCAGUUUCCGGAAGACUGGGAAUAAGAAGGACAAGCCCCUGAUCCAGCACUCCACAGACCCCAUGUCCAUUCAGGUAGAGAUGCCCAUGCCCCAGCCUCUCUUCGACGACCGCUCCAUGAACCUCUCCGAGAAGGAGAUCAACGCCCUCUUUGAGAAGAUGAUGGAGGACAUGAACCUGAAUGAGGAGCGUAAAGCCCCCCUGCGUGGGAAGGACCUGAGCACCAAGCGAGAGAUGGUUGUCCAGUACAUCUCCACCACCGCCAAAUCUGGAGGACUGAGGAACAGCAAGCAUGAGUGUACAUUGUCGUCACAGGAGUAUGUCCACGAGCUGCGUUCCGGCAUCACUGAGGACAAGCUGCUCAUCUGCCUGGAGUCCCUUCGCGUCUCUCUCACCAGUAACCCUGUCAGCUGGGUGAACAACUUUGGCCAUGAAGGACUGGGCCUCCUCUUGGAUGCAUUGGAUAAGUUGCUGGAUAAGAAACAGCAAGAAAGUAUUGACAAAAGAAACCAGCACAAGCUGAUCCAAUGUCUCAAGGCCUUCAUGAACAAUAAGUACGGACUACAAAGGAUUCUGGAAGAUGAGCGGAGCUUGCUGCUCCUGGCCAGGGCCAUUGACCCCAAACAGACCAGUAUGAUGACUGAGAUCGUCAAGAUCCUCUCUGCCAUCUGUAUCAUUGGAGAGGAAAACAUCCUGGAUAAGAUUCUGGCUGCCAUGACAAUUGCAGCAGAGAGGAAUAACAAGGAGAGAUUUGCGCCGAUAGUGGAGGGACUGGAGAAUCACGAAGCCCAACAGCUCCAGGUGGCCUGCAUGCAGCUGAUCAACGCCCUGGUCACCUCUCCGGACGAUCUGGACUUCAGGAUACAUCUGCGCAAUGAGUUCCUCCGCUGUGGCCUCAAAAAGAUCCUACCGGAGAUGAAAGAGACAGAGGAGCUGGACAUCCAACUGAAGGUGUUCAACGAGAACAAGGAGGAGGACUCCAUUGAGCUCUCCCAUCGCCUUGAUGACAUCCGUGCUGAGAUGGAUGAUAUGGGUGAGGUGUACCAUCUCCUGUCCAACAUGGUGAAAGACACUGGAUCGGAGACCUACUUCCUGUCCAUCCUACAGCACCUCCUUCUCAUCAGGAAUGACUACUACAUCAGGCCCCAGUACUACAAGGUGAUAGAGGAAUGUGUCUCACAGGUGGUCCUCCAUCGCAGUGGGAUGGACCCAGACUUCGGAUACAGGGAGAGAUUGGAUGUAGACUUCACCCACCUCAUCGAUCAGUGCGUGGAUAAAGCCAAAGUGGAUGAGAGCGAUCUGAAGGCUGCUGAGUUCUCCAAGAAGUUCGAUGAGGAGUUCAGCGCUCGGCAGGAUGCCCAGGCCGAGUCCCAGAAGAAGGAGGAGAAAAUCAAAGAGCUGGAAGGGCAGAUCUGCAACCUGAAGACCCAGAUCACGGCCGGACCAACGGCGGCUGGGACAGGAGUCCCACCUUCACCUCUGCCGGGGGGGUUGGCACCUCCACCCCCUCCCCCGCCUCCGCCCCCACCAGGCGGCUGCCCUCCUCCUCCCCCACCUCCGCCUCCUCCUGGCAUGGCCAGCAUGCCCCCUCCACCCCCACCCGCCACCUCCAGGAGGAGGGCCACCCCCUCCCCUGGAUGUGGACCCCCACCUCCUCCGCCCAUCCCCGGGGCGCCGGGCAUCCCUCCGCCUCCUAUGAUGGCCAUGCCUGUCAUCAAGCUGCCUUAUGGACUGGAGGCCAAGAAGACCUACAAGCCUGAGGCCGUCAUGAAGAGGGUGAACUGGUCCAAGGUAGUACCUCAGGAAAUGGCAGAGAAUUGCUUCUGGAUCAAAGUCAAAGAGGAGAAGUUUGAGAACCAAGACCUCUUUGCCCAGCUCUCCCUCAGCUUUUCCUCCAGGACCAAAGUGAAAAAGGAGGUGGAUGAGACAGACGCCAGGAUGACCCAAUUCAAGAAAAAGGCGAAGGAGCUGCGAAUCUUGGACGGCAAGACGGCACAGAAUUUGUCAAUUUUUCUGGGCUCAUUCCGGCUGCCUUAUGAAGAGAUCCGGGACAUUGUGCUGGAGGUGGACGAGGAGAGGCUGAGCGAAUCACUGAUCCAGAACCUGAUAAAGAACCUACCGGAGCAGAAGGAGCUGAGCGCAUUGGCAGAACUUAAGGGCGAGUAUGAGGAACUGUGCGAGCCAGAGCAGUUUGGCAUUGUGAUGAGCUCUGUGAAGCUGCUGCGUUCGCGCCUCAACGGCAUCCUCUUCAAGCUGACCUUCGAGGAGCAGGUGAACAACAUCCGACCGGACAUCAUGAACGUGACGUUCGCCUGUGAGGAGCUGAAGAAGAGUGACAGCUUCAGCAAUCUGCUGGAGAUGGUGCUGCUGGUGGGCAACUACAUGAACGCCGGCUCCCGGAACGCCCAGACCUUCGGCUUCAACAUCAGCUUCCUCUGCAAGCUUCGAGACACUAAGUCGUCCGACCAAAACACAACUCUGCUUCACUUCCUGGCCGAAAAGUGUGAAGAGAAGUACCCGGAGAUCCUGAGGUUCCCUGAAGAGCUGGAACAUGUGGAGAGUGCUAGCAAAGUUUCUGCCGAGAUCCUGAAAAGCAGUCUGAGCACCAUGGAGCGACACAUCCAGAGGCUAGAAAACGACAUUGAGAAUUUCCCCAAGACAGACGACAAAAAAGAUAAGUUUGUGGAAAAAUUGUCCGGCUUCUCCAAGCAUUCGCGGGAGCAAUACGAGAAGCUUUCCACCAUGCACAAGAACAUGCAGAAGCUAUACGAGAGCCUGGGCAGCUACUACGCCUUCGACCCCCACGUCCUCAGCGUCGAAGACUUCUUCGGUGACCUGGCCUCCUUCCGCACCCUCUUUGUGGAGGCGGUGAAAGAGAACCACAAGAAGAGGGAGAUGGAGGAGAAGAUCAAGAGAGCCAGACUGGCCAAGGAGAAAGCAGAGCGCGAGAAGCAGGAGCGCCAGCAAAAGAAGAAGCAGCUGAUUGACAUGAACAAAGAGGGAGGAGAGAAUGAGACAGGGGUGAUGGACAGCUUAAUGGAAGCCCUGCAAUCCGGAGCGGCCUUCCGCGACCGCCGAAAACGAACCCCGCGCAACGGUGAUCAAAGUCCAUCCAGUCCUGCCUCUCGGUGGCCAGGUGCUAACCAUGACAACCGCCGUGCGGUCCUGGAAAGGUCUCGAUCACGCCACAACGCAAACCCCCAGGCUCGAUGAUGGCCCGCGCCUACCAGAAGACGUUAGACAAGUGCCAAAGAGGCCUGCGAGGAGAAUCUGAGGACGUAUAGUAGGAGAGAUGGACCCCAGCCGUGUGGCACACACACACACACUUAAACACUCACAGACACAUAAAAAAAACACACCAACACAUGAGCACACACAUACACUAUAUAUACAAAAGUAUGUGGACACCCCUUACAAUUUGUGCAUU